AUGGAUAGGUGGGCAUGGCUAAGACACCUGUGGGAGAUGAAGGAGAUCUUUGGCCAGAAGUUCCUAACUUGUCUCCUCCCUCCUUAUCUCCUUCCCAACAAUGUGUCCGGUCUCUCCGUCAUCGUCACCGGCGCAACAAGCGGUAUCGGACUUCAGACAGCACAAGAACUUGCUAAGGCAGGGGCUCAUGUCAUCAUGGCUUGCAGGAAUACCAAGGCUGCAAACAAGAUUGCAUGUCAAUGGAAAGAAGAGGCACAAAAUAGCAUAGUUCCUAAUGUAGAGGUGAUGGAGUUGGAUCUUCUCUCCUUCUCUUCCAUCCGGCAGUUUGCGGCCGCUUGGGAGCAACGUGCAGAAGCUUUGCAUAUUCUAAUCAACAAUGCCGGCAUCUACCUCAUGGGAGAGCCACAAAAAUUUUCCGAUGAAGGGCUCGAGCAACACAUUCAAGUGAACCACAUCGCCCCAGCACUGCUGACUCUCCUACUCUUACCAUCACUACUCAGAGCUCCGUCGUCACGAAUUAUCCAUGUUAAUUCUGUGGCUCAUCAUUGUGCAGUAGUGGAGUCCAAAUAUUGGAACAACAGGAUUGAAGAACACAAAUUCAGCAGUUUCAAAGCCUAUGGAUCCAGCAAACUAGCUCAUAUUAUGUUUCUUAAGACCCUAGCCAACAAGCUUAUGGAACAAAGGAAGACUUCUUCUAUUCAAUGCCUUGCUGUACAUCCAGGAGUUGUCACCACCAACUUGGUUCCUGCAUUUCAGAAAAAGGCAUUUUGGAUGUUUGAUGCUGCUGAAGGUGCAAGAAGUGUCCUCUAUUGUGCAACAAGUGCUGACGUGGAGACUCACCUGGUUAAGGGAUUUGCAUAUUACUCUUGUAAUUGUAAACCAGCAAGAAUGUCACCCCAUGCAGAUGAUAUGGAUUCAUGCUUAGAGGUCUGGCGAAAAACGAUGGAGAUAUUACAAUUAAACCCUGAUUACUUGUCUCAUUUAAUGGCUAAUAUGUAUGAUAAUAGCGAUUAAAUC